CCAAAUGUAUGGGAUGGGAGUUCGCAAUCGUGUGGACGAGAGAAUUGCAAACAAAACAAAUACAGGAUGAUACCUGAAAAUCCCAGCCAAUGGGGGUAUUCAACAAGAUUGUAGUGCGAGUAACUGGGUUCCAUUUCCGGUCCAAGAACAUUUUGUAAUGAAUAUUUCUUAGACUUUUUUCUCCAAAUUGACUAUUCAUGCUUACUUACCUUUAACGAUCAGAAUAAGGCCUGAGUGUCCUCUGCUGAACGUAGGAGUCGUCUCCAUUCGACUUGAUCCAUGGCUGUGCGUCUCCAGUUCCGAAUUUUGCGAAGACCGGCAAAUCGUCCUCCACAAGAUCGACCCACCUAGCUCGCUGCCCACCAUGUCUUCUUGAACCGAUCGGAUGGCUUUCGAGAACCAUUUUGAUCGGAUAACUAUCCGACAUCCUGAUGGUGUGACCCGCCCAACGCAGCCUCCCGAUUUUCGGGGUGUGGACGAUGGUUGGUUCUCUCAUCAGGUGACGCAGUUCGUGGUUCAUUUGCCUUCUCGAAGGCUCAUCUUCCAUCUUUACUCCGCCGUAGAUGGUACGCAACACCUUCCGUUCGAAAACUCUAAGUGCACGUUGGUCCUCUGCGUAGAGUCCAUAGAGCCCAUAGAGGACUACCGGUCUAAUAAGCGUUUUGUAGAUAGUUAACUUCGUGUGACGGCGAACUUUGUUCGAUCGUAGAGUCCACCGGAGUCCAAAGUAAGCUCGAUUUCCUGCCACAAUGCGUCUAUGAAUUUCUCUGCUGGUGUCGUUGUCAGCGGCCACAAGUGAGCCCAAGUACACGAAUUCUUCAACCGCCUCGAUUACAUCACCGUCGAUAGAAAUUCGGGGUGGCGGGCGCGGUGAUUCCUCCCUGGAGCCCUUUGCCAUCAUGUACUUUGUCUACGACACAUUAAUGACUAGGCUCGGUAAAGACUGGGUAUGAUGCGCAAUUCAGAUCCCAUUGUGAUCCACUAGCCUCUGCCCAGCAACUCCUCGUGGUACCGGCCGGAAUCCAUGAGCAACCUUAGGGAAGAUCGGGUAACCAACCCCGGUGGGAACUUUGGUCGUAGGCUGACAGGGAAGGGGGGGGGGGUUUGUUUGUUUUGGCAAACCUGAGCUUCUGUUCUCCAGGAGGAGCGGCUCACAACAGCGUCUGAUCCCCAUGUUAGGGGCGGCUGAUCUACGUCCGAGUGUCAGGGAAGGAUUCUAAGCUCAACUGUUCACUACGGAAAGUAGGGGGUUGGUGUCAGGACCUACGAUCCAGCCGUAAAAAACUAUUGUAACAAAAAAUCAGCAACAGAAUAAUACGAACCCAGACCAACGGCAACGACCCCUGGAAACAAAAAGGACUUGCAAUUGGAAACUCGGUACGUGGAACUGCCGAUCUUUCAACUUAAUUGGAAGCACCCACAUACUCGCCGCAGGUUCGGCAUCGUAGCGCUGCAGGAAGUGUGUUGGACAGGAUCCAUGGUGCGAACGUUUAGAGGUAAUCAUACAAUUUAAAAAAGCUGCGGCAACAUACGCGAGCUGAGAACAGCUUUCAUCGUGAUUGGUAGCCGAUAGACGAAAGAAUGUGCAGAUUGAGGAUCAAGGGCCGAUUCUUAAUAAUUAAUUAAUUCUUAAGCAUAAUAAACGUGCACAGCCCACACUCCGGAAGCACUGAUGAUGACAAGGACGCAUUUUACGUGCAGCUCGAACGCGAGUACGAUCCACGACCAAGCCACGACGUCAAGAUCAUCAUAGGAGAUUUAAACGCUCAGGUAGGCCAGGAUGAGGAAUUCAGACCGACGAUUGGUAAGUUCAGCGCCCACCAGCAGACGAACGAAAACGGCCUACGACUCAUUGAUUUCGCCGCCUCCAAAAAUAUGGCCAUAUGUAGCACCUUUUUCCAAGGCUUAUCGUUACACCUGGAGAUCACCACAGCAGACGGAAUCUCAAAUCGACUACGUUCUGAUUGACGGACGGCACUUCUCCGACAUUAUCGACGUCAGGACCUAUCGUGGCGCCAACAUCGACUCCGACCACUAUCUGGUGAUGGUCAAACUGCGCCCAAAAUUCUCCGUCAUCAACAAUGUACGGUACUGGCGAGGCCCCUCUAGAGGACUGCUGGAGUACAGUGAACGCAGCCAUCAACGACGCAGCCGAGAAUGGUUCGACGAAGAGUGCAGAACGGUUUUGGAGGAGAAGAACGCAGCGUCAUCGGUAAUGCUGCAGCAAGGGACUCAACAGAACGUGGAACGUUACAAACAGAAGCGGAGACAGCUCUUUCGGGAGAAAAAGCGCCACCUGGAAGAAGCAGAGUGCAAAGAAAUUGAACUGCUGUGCCGUUCUCAAGAAACACGUAAGUUCUACCAGAAGCUCAACGCAUCCCGCAAUGGCUUCGUGCCGCAAGCCGAACUGUGCAGGGAUAAGGACGGAGGUAGUCGAAAGGUGGAAGCAGCACUUCGAUCAGCACCUACAUAAAUGGCGUGGAGAACGUAGGCACUGUCUGGAUACCACGGCAAUGGAGGAAACGACGAAACCAGGGCAGCAGUGGACGGAAAGGAACCAACUUCCACGCUGUUGAAGAAAGUUAAGGAUGCCAUUUACUAGCUCAAAACUGACAAAGCAGCUGGUAAGGAUGGUAUCGCAGCCAAACUCAUCAAGAUGGGCCCAGAAAAGUUGGCCACCUGUCUGCACCGGCUGAUAGUCAGGAUCUGGGAAACCGAACAGUUACCGGAGGAGUGGAAAGAAGGGGUAAUCUGCCCCAUUCACAAGAAAGGCGACCAUUUGGAAUGUGAGAACUUCAGGGCGAUCACUAUUUUGAAUGCUGCCUACAAAGUGCUAUGUUACGAUACCUUCGAGGUGGUGGAGGAAUUCGUCUACCUCGUCUACCACGGAUCCUUACUGACGGCUGACAACAACGUCAGUCGUGAAAUUCGAAGCGCAUCAUCAGCGAAAGUCGGGCCUACUACGGGCUCCAGAAGAAGCUGCGGUCUAAAAAGAUUCACCCACGCACCAAGUGCACCAUGUAUAAGACGCUGAUAAGACCGGUGGUCCUCUACGGACACAAGACAUGGACCAUGCUCGAGGAGGACUUGAAAGAACUCAGAGUUUUCGAGCGACGCGUGCUAAGGACGAUCUUCAGCGGUGUGCAGGAGAACGGUGUCUGGCGGAGAAGGAUGAACCACGAGCUCGCUGUAUAUUACGGCAAACCCAGCAUCCAGAAGGUGGCCAAAGCCGGAAGGAUACGAUGGGCAGGACAUGCUGCAAGAAUGCCAACCCUUCAAAGUUGGUGUUCGCGACCGAUCCGGUUGACACAAGAAGGCGUGGAGCCCAGAGAGCACGAUAGGCGGAGCAGGUGGAGCGUGACUUGGCGAGCAUCGGGCGUGAUCGAGGAUGGAGAACGGUAGCCACGAACAGUGUAUUAUGGAGAAAUAUUGUUGAUUCAGUUUUAUCUUGAAUUUGAUGUAAUACUAAAUAAAUGAAUGAACUGUACUACAGAUCUCCACAAAUUAUAAGGUUUCUAUACCACAUUUUUGGAUAAAACCGUUCAGGACGCGCGCCUGGUUGAUGCUAAGACUGCACCGCCCUCUCGUUAUAUUCGACGAGCGAGGUUAUUUUUUGAUGAUUUACUUUUUACCACGGCGCACAUUGGAGUAAAUCAUAUCAAAACCUGAUCAUAAGUGGAAAAACUCAAAAUGAAGUAAUUGGGUUUUCCGUUGUGUUUUUGCCAAGUGUACACGCAAAAAAAUAUUCCCGUUAGAUGUACGUGAUUUAUCACUUGAAUUGGAAUUUGCCUUCCAUAUUCCUAGUUUAUCGGAUUCUUAUAAAAGCCUCUAAUUCAUUCGUAAUCUCUACGUGAUAUUCCCAUUCGAGUCACAUUUUGUCAUAUACAUGCUACGUGAUUGGUCACGUAGAACUUCAGUGUUGGGUGACAUAUCGAUUUUAAGUGACCUUCCUGUGUGAAAAAAUACCAAAACUCAACAUGGCGCCGGACAUCCUUGCGGAACUGGACAGUUUUCGCAAAUUUUGGAGAUUUUCAAACAGUGCGACAUAGGGCUUAAUGAGCUGUUGGCGCUGUUCCUGCAGGAUUUGGGAGUAGGUACUUGGAGCGAACGGGUACGGAGAUUCUUUUUUCACGUAUCAAUCAGCUCGCGGAGAGAACGAAACGUAAGUUCUCGUGCGUAAAAUAUUUGGUUUUCAAAUAAAUUAAAUUUUCAUUAUUUCUGUUUGCAGAAAACACAGAAUGCACAAUGCUGCUCAACAGAAGUGCGCUCCAAAUGCCAUCGGAAGCGGUGGCAUCCGGUUUGUUACUAAAAAAAAAAACGAGAAGCCUUUGUAAUGAGAAUGAGAAUGUGUUUAUAUAUUUUGUUUUUUAUUCAUAAAAUGAUCAAUAAAUCGGAAUGCUUUUAUUUAUUUAGCAAGUGUGUCAAUCCGGAUGAAGUGAACAACAGAAUAUUAUACAUAUGAUGAUAACUGAUGUCAGAAAUCCAAUCCCAAGUAACCACUAAGCACUGGCGUAAGCGGUCUAAAGGUCAUACAGCAGCUUUUUCGUGUCAAUAGGCUCAGUAGGAAAUUUUCAAAUGCUUUCAGGCAUUAUAAAUAGUAAGCACUGAAAUAAGCCGUAUAUUAGUAUAUAACGCUAUGCUAUAGUGCUUGUAAACCCAGUGUCUAUCAGCCGAAUAAGAAGCCUGACAGUGU